AGCGCGCGCCGCCGCAGGAAGCGCAGGGCCGGCCCGCGCCGCGAUGCAUUGUGGGGCGCGGUAGCAGAGCCAAGAUGGCGGCCAGCAGGAGACUGAUGAAGGAGCUUGAAGAAAUCCGCAAAUGUGGAAUGAAAAACUUCCGUAACAUCCAGGUUGAUGAAGCCAAUUUAUUGACCUGGCAAGGGCUUAUUGUUCCUGACAAUCCUCCAUAUGAUAAAGGAGCCUUCAGAAUCGAAAUCAACUUCCCAGCAGAAUAUCCAUUCAAACCUCCUAAGAUUACAUUUAAAACAAAGAUCUAUCACCCUAACAUCGAUGAAAAAGGGCAGGUUUGUCUGCCAGUAAUUAGUGCUGAAAACUGGAAGCCAGCAACCAAAACUGACCAAGUAAUCCAGUCCCUCAUAGCACUGGUGAAUGAUCCACAGCCCGAGCAUCCCCUCCGGGCUGACCUAGCUGAAGAAUACUCUAAGGACCGUAAAAAAUUCUGUAAGAACGCUGAAGAGUUUACAAAGAAAUAUGGUGAAAAGCGACCAGUGGACUAAUCUGGCACGACUGCUGUCAGCAACGUAUGAUAGAAGAUCGGAGCAGUGCAUUUGAGACACCCCAUAAAGCAGGACUCUAUGGAAAAUUGACAAGUGCCACCUUUCGGUGUGAACUUGUGGCUGUUACUAACUUUCUACAGUUUUCUUAAUCAAAAGUGGGCUAGGUAACCUGUAAAGAAAGGAUUAAAAUUUAAGAUGUUCUAGUUCUGCUUUCUUUGUUUAAAAAUCACUGCUUCAAUAUACUUUAAAGUACGCUGUUUUCUUUUUCUUGUCAGAAUUUAUCAAAAAUAUCUUAGACUUAUAUUCUGCCCUUAAAUUGAAAAGGUUGUGGCUGUCAUUUCUUAUUUUUCCUUGCAGUUCCCACUAUCUUGAGUUCAUUCACUGAAUUUUAAAGCCCCUCCUCAAAGUGAUGUCUUAGGAAAAAUAUCCCAGUUCUGGCAGAAAAUGAUUGAGUGUUUGGCAGUUUUGUUUACUUUUCUUUUUAAAUGUUGCACUGUGCUUUGUGGGACUUGUUGCAAGGUCCCCUGAACUUCAGUUUGUAACAUAAUAAACAAAAACCAACCCAAUCCCACAAAACCAAUCAGAAAUAAUGUCUGGGUCUGAUGUAAAUCUGGCCAAUGCCUAUUAAACGGGGAAACCCAAGUUUUUGUGUGCGUCAUUGAAUUAGAAUGUGGCUUAUGUUCUGCUUUUGGAAUACUCUGGGGAAAAAAAUCUGUAGCAAACAAGUAGUGGAAUGCGAUUGCAAAUUUCCUUCACUUCUAUCCUUAAUGCCUAUGCAGAGUAGCAGGAAUGUGCACAGAACAACAUUGCAACCAAUCCAGGAGAGUGUCAGAAGCUGAGGACCAAGAGGUAUCAAAGUGAUAAACUGGUUUUUUGAGUUUAAAAUUGGUAUUUUGGAGAUGUUCAUUUUGAGUUCAAGAACUAAACCUAACAGCACUGCUGUCAUCUCUGAACAUUUUCCAUCAGAAUGCGUAAGAAACACGCAUGUUUAUGGGGUGGCACUUGUGCCCCUUCCCAGCCCCUCUGCUGCCAGGUUCUGAACAGCACUGGAGGAAGGACAGGGCUGAGCAAUAAGGUAGGAAUGUGCUUUGCUGCUGCUGCUCCUGUGUUUAAACACACGGGUUAGGUGAUUCAGUGUGUUCAAGUGUCAUUCUGGCACUGUGGCUUAAUCAGGCAGAGCUGUUUACCGGUUGCUCUGGGGUACUCCUACGCAAGCCCUUUCUGUUCAGAACUGAGCAUCCUUGGCUGUGUCCCUGCUGCUUGUCACCUGCCUUCUCUCCCCAGUCCAGAGUGAUUUGUAGCUCCACAGUCAAACUGCCACACAGUCAAACUGCUGUGUCCUCCCUACUCUCCAGCUGGGGUCUGUUACUGAGCAAAUGGAUUAUCUCCAGAAAUCCAUCAGUAUCUGGGAGCACAUAUAAUUUUGAUGUGCAGGAAGCUGAGUUAGAAAAUCCCUGGCACCGGCGUGGUUGCCUGUUAAAUUCAGUUUUAAUAGAGCCUCUGCCUUCGCAACCUUUCGGAACUAGUGUGUCAAGCAGUAAGUCUCUCUUGGUUGUAAUGUCUUGUGUAUUUGCUAUUCCCUCGUGUAUUUGCUAUUCCCUCGUGUAUUUGCUAUUCCCUCGUGUAUUUGCUAUUCCCUCAUUCAUCCCUCUCAUCUGGCUUUCAUUUCUGAUUUAGUGUAAUCAAUGACAGCCCAGUACCUCACCUCUGUUGAAAGUAAUUUUUUUUAUAAGUUAGGGAGCUAAGAAAUGUUAUGUUUAAGUGUUCUUAGACAGAUUCUUUGGCAGGUAAAUAAAGUUAAACCACAUUCACCUUAUUUACGGAAACUUGCAUUUCCUAAGUGUUUUCAGGCUUGUGAGAGCACUACUACCAAAUUUUCACAUCUUUGUGUCUUCAUUUGCAGAAAGUUGGUACCGAUUCUAUUUCAUUCACGCUCACUUGGACUCAUAAUAAAAUAAUGCCAAAUUAUCUGUCAAACUGAAGUGUGUAACUUCCACAUCACCUGAGUUACUGUACCUUUCAUCAUGUCUGUUGGCAUGGAAACGUACCAUUCUCUAAAUUUUAUUUUGAAACAAAACUGUAGCACUAGUUUGCUGCCCUCGUUGCUACUCAGUAGUUACUCUGUGGUUGUAAAGCCUCUCAGGUCAAAGACUGCAUCUGUCUGCAUCACUGUGACUCAGAUGCUGUUGGAAGGGAAGGGAAGGGCUGUGUGAUCCAAGGAACUCGAGUCACGCAGUGCUGCACCAGCCAUUCCGGUUCCAGCUGCAGAGGUCACAUGGAAGACAGAUCCUGCUAUCAGUUCUCUUGGUGUGUUCUCCAUAGUCCAACUGCUAAACUGCGAGAUGUGUAACCCAAGUGCUGGUGCUGUCUGGGGGCAGCCUCUGAAUAAAGGGAUCCAACACUGUUGUGUGGCUGAAGUCUGAGGAGAAGAAAUCCAAGUGCGAAGUCCUAUUUAACUCAGGAAAUCCAGCUCUUGUUCUCUCUGGUUCCCUAAGCCAUGCUGAAUUCUAAAUGUGCAGUUGAACAUCUACAAUAAAAGCAGCACAGUGGUGAAACUACACCCAGGAGUACUGGUAUAGGCUUUCUGCAAGUCCAUUCUGCUACCCUAAUAAAAAUUGCUCUCAAA